CUCCCCCCUUCGGUUUCAGAGAAAUACGAGCGGUCCGCUGAUGCGAGCUCUCUUCCACCAUCGGAUUACAGCCGAGAGCAGGCGAGCGACCGUCACCUAGCCAUAAAACGUCGAUUAAAUCAAGAUACCAUCAUGAGUGGACUGGAGUGCCUUGCCGCUGAGAACAUCUGGUUCGAUAAAAACCGUUACGAUGAGGCCGAGAGGCGCUUCUACGAGGGCGUCAAUGGCCCCUGCACACAGUCACACCAACAGGAGAGAGAAGCUAGUGCCAUCCUGCAGGACAUUGCUAAUUCGCGCCAGUAUAUCCAGCAGUGCCUUAACGGAGUGAAGACAGCCCUGCAGCAAGCCAAAGGGCGUCCUCAGAAACGGCAGCACAGAAACUCAUCCUCACAUGCCGGAGGGGACCAGGAGUUGAUCUCACGCAUGAGGAGCUUGGAACUGGAGAACCAGAGCCUGCACCAAGUGGUGGAGGAGAUGAGGGCAGCCCUGCAGAAGCUUGAGUCCAGAGUGGCUGUGCUGGAACGGUCGCCUUCAACAGGAGCCGUCCCAUGUGCUAAGGCUGCUCCUGUCCAGCAGGUCAAGGUGGAAAAUGGUGGUGAUGAUGAUGAUGACCUCGACUUGUUUGGCAGUGAUGAAGAGGAGGAUGCGGAGGCAGCACGUAUCAGACAGGAGCGCCUGGAUGCCUAUGCAGCCAAGAAGGCCAAGAAACCCGCCCUCAUUGCCAAGUCAUCUAUCUUGCUGGAUGUCAAGCCUUGGGACGAUGAGACAGACAUGGCGAAGCUGGAGGAGUGUGUGCGCUCGGUGCAGGCCGAUGGGCUCCUGUGGGGAGCGUCCAAGCUGGUGCCUGUGGGCUACGGCAUCAAGAAGCUGCAGAUCAACUGUGUGGUCGAGGACGACAAGGUGGGAACAGACAUGCUCGAGGAGGAGAUCAUCAAGUUUGAGGACUACGUCCAGAGUGUGGAUGUUGCUGCCUUCAACAAGAUCUAAGCUCCUCCUCCUCCCUCCACCAAAGUGUUGCUGCUGCUCUCGGCUUGUAGUGUUAUUAAUAAAAUACUUUGCUUUGAGCACAAAAA